GGCCCCGCUUGCGCUUGUGUCAAAUGCUCAUGUACAUUUGAAGCAUGUUUUUAUUCCUCCAUGCUUGUAGUAUGAGAUUAUUCAUAUUUACAUGUACAUGUAUGUUUGCUUAAAAAAACAAUGGCAUCGAAGAGGAUGAAGAUGAUCCAAACUCGUCCGGAGCCACCGGAUCUUGACAGUACUCUGAGUGAUCUUGAAAAAGCCCAAACAAAUGACGUAGUAUUCUCAUUUUUUCAGUCAGUAGACCUGUCAAAUGACGAUGACCUCGCAAAGGGCAGUGCAGCAUCGCAUCUAUCAACCAGCAGAGAUGCCUUGGCAACUGAAGUGCCAUCAACAGUUUCUACAAAGCCCAAAUCAUCUGAACUCAAUCACUGCUAUACACAGACAGUCCAGUUCAUCCGGAUGAACGACUAUCUGAAAGAUUCACAGGAAAGGCUGGCCGAUCAGGCCACAGAGCUACAGAGGCUAGGACAGGCCAUUAAAGAACAAGUGGAGUCACUGAGAACACAACUCAGUUGAUGUGUAUUUUGGGACACCAUAGAUGUGUGAAAAGCUGAAUAUCUGUGAAACACCAAAGUUACAUGAGGUUGAGUGGGAUGUAAUUUUGUAAGAUGUUUAAACUAUCAGUUUUUAGUAGUUGUGGGCAUUCUUCAGCCUGCAUUUUACAUUGCUGUUUCCAAAUUUUCCACCAGUGUGAUUGUUUUGCAUGAUGCUUUUGGGUUUCCAUACUACAUUGUAUUGUCUUUGUGUUGUUAUUUAAGAGCGUGAUGUAUGACUACAUGUCAAUAAUUGGGCUGUGAGUUUGCUAUCACCAUGUGGAGCAAUGUAUAGUUGGCCAAAUCAAUUUGAUGGAGCGUCAGCCAAAACUUGUCGGAUUUUUUAUUACAUGUAAGCCUUUAUGGUCCUUUUGAGGGUAUGAGGCAAAAUUUUCCGGAUUUGUGCAUGCUUGUAGUAGGAAAUGAAAUACAUGUUGUCUAAGAAAUUGACCUCAACACAAAUGUUGGACUUACAAGAAAAGGAAACACUUCUUGUGCAGUAUUUAUGUAAGGCCAUCUGGACUUUUUUGGGAUUUUUUAAAAUCGGAGCUUAUUGUGGGUUCGGUGGGUGGAAGGGUCAGUGGGUAGAAGGGUCGAUGGGUGGAUGGGUCGAUGGGUUUAUGUAUUGCAAUUACAUUGAAAGUUUUCUGUAUAUUUUAGGUAGUAGUUUCUCAUCUUGGUGAUAGGUAAACAUUGAAAAACAAUGUGGUCCUUUUUAUAUUCAUGAGUAUGUUCAGGAGGGAAAACAUUUUCUGGACAUUCUUACAAAAAUCGUGUUCUUUCCCGUGAAGAGAAAAUUAAUCCAAAAGUGAUUGCAAUUAUUUGUUCAUUGUCAAUAAUUGAUCCAACCAAAGUUCAGUGGAAGAGCACCGAGUUUUUUGCUUCAAGUGCGUUUUGUCGUGAAAGUAUUGAAUUCGGACGUAAAAUGAAACACUAAUUAAUUAAUUAAAUGCAUACUUAAUCGCGCAAUGUACAAACAACACCCAGUUUCUCAAAGUUAAUAAGAGUUGUAAGCCUUUUACUCACAAAAAGAUUGCUGCAAAAUUUAGUUGGUAAAAAAACCCCGACUUUCUGAAGAUCAUUGCUGAUCGGAUUGGAAAUAAAAACACGCGAGGAAUCUACCUACCUCUCAUGGGAUAAUCUCUCGAAGAAGUACCUUUGGAAAUAUAAAUGUGCAGUGCAAGAACACAAGUCACACGUUUUUAAAAAAUCUUGUACGGGAUAAGGGAUUUUACAGGGCCUUGAUCGCAAAGCUAACCACCUGCAUCCCAAUUGCUCUCAGCAAGUCCAAGACCAAUCGGUGACCAUUAGAUAUAUCAGCAACCCAUGGCCUUAAAUAGAGCAAAUCCAUUUUGUUUUUGAAAAGACACACCUAUCAAUUCUCAGGCUUGUUAGCUGUCCAGUUGUAAUUCCGAAUUUUACUUUAAUCAUCUUAGCCAAGCACAUACAAAGCUCAGAACUUUUUGCACCCCUGUAAACAAAGCCCAGCAGGAGCAAAAUGUCACGAUCGUUACGUCCGUGUCAAUGUGUCAGAGCUUUGUAUGAGAAAUAAAUCAAUUCCCACUUGCAUUCCAUUUGAAAUGGACCGUUAGCCCACAUGGUGAAAAUUCAGUUUGACUUUAUGACAUGCUCUUUUAAGAUUAAUAAUAUUGCGUAGUAGAAAAACGUGUGCAAAACCUGUGGAGAAAACUGGAUUAUUGUCUGGAGGUCUGCCACGUUUGAAGUCAAUCAGAUAUAUAAAACUACCAAAGUCGACUUGUGGACGAGAACGUGUACAAACCCUAAGGGGAAAGAGUCUGGAAAAGGAAAAGAAAAACGAGAACUUUAUGCCUGUUCGAGAACAGAGCAUAAGGCUUUUCCGCAUUUUGAAUGUUGUCUUUAAAGAAUGGACAUUAAAUGUCACAUUAUUUUUCGUGCAGCUGUCAAAUCACUUGGUGACGUCAUCAUGACGUUAUUAUUUUAGUAUAAUCUUUGCUUCCAAAUCUUUCCUUUGUGUAACUUUGAGCACAACUGAAGAUCGCUAAGGUACCAAAAUUGUGCAUUGUUCUCUGCCCAUCUUCGAACUAAGGUCCUUCAUUAAUGUAAAUUUGAUGAAGAUCCAAAGUUGUUAAAGGACCAAAGUCGAAAGAUGAAGAACAAGAAGAAUGCAUACGCCCUAUCAUGUAUAGGGCGUAUGCCCAACCAUUAACGUGCGUCAGUCUAGUUAAUGUCGGAACAUAAUGCUUCACGUCGUAUUACAACUUUCCGUAUCCCGGGAUAGGAAAAGAAAAAAAAAACAUGUAACAGUAUUGUUAUGGGAGGAAAUUUGCUCUGGAAAAAUUCCUAUCAGACACCCCCCCACGGUGGAAGAAGAAGGUGGAAGGCUAACUCCGGGGCAUCGUAUCUCGUGUUUAAUAAUUUGUAUCUAAGAAAUUGUUUGACUGAAGGUGAAGCAUUUAAAUAAAUUUUCGGGAUGU